AUGGCGACGACGGGCGAGACGGACGACGGCGCGACGGCGCGACGACGAGGGGCGCGGACGAUGCGAGUGGGUGAUGUGGUGUUGAUUGAGAUCAACGAAGGCGAGCGAGCGACGUUCGCGACGCUCAAGGAGGGGAAGAGCGUGGACGUAGGGAAGAGACAAAAAGUACCCGUCGAGGCGCUGUUGGGGGCGCCGUUCGGGUCGCGGUACGAGAUCGUGCAUAACACCGGCGCGUGCGUGCGAUUGGGCGCGGAGGGGGUGGAUGAUGAUGUCGCGCAUGGUUCGGCGCCGGUGGAGGACGAGCGGUCGAAUAAGCACGUGUCGAAUAAACACGAAGGCGCGCAACGGCUCACGGACGCCGACAUCGCGGCGUUGAGGAGAGAGUUUACCGGCGAGGAGAUGGUGGAAAUCAUAGCGGCCAAUAGCAAGACUUUCGACGAAAAGACGGCGUUCGCGCAAGAAAAGUAUCGAGCGAGAAAGAUGAAGAAGCACAUGACGAGAAUUUUGGUGAGAUUUCCGUCGCCGAGGCAAGUUUGCGAGCAGUACUUUUACAGCAAUCCGUACAAGACAUCGCACAUGCGCUUCGACGCGCUCUCGAUGUUGCUCAACGCGGGGAACGUGGGCGCACACGCGCAAACUUUAGUGUUAGACACGUGUGGUGGCAUCGUCCUCGGAGCCGUCACCCACCGCAUGGGAGGUAUGGGGCGCAUUUGCAACGGAUUUAUAGGCCAAAAUCCAACCGCGAUGGAUGUGUUGCUGCAGAUGAAUUUGGAAGACGCACACUUCGAUUGCAUGCGACACGCGGCGCUUUCGAAGCUUAUCGAGAGGCGAGAGGGAAGAAUGGAUGAAGAUUCGAAGAUGGAUGAAGCGAAUGGGUCAAAGGAUGGCGAAAAACUGUCGACGACGGAGAAACAGGAGCGAAAGCACAUGAAAGUCAAGUACGCCGCCGAAGACGACUUUGCCAACUUUGCCCGCCAGGGCUUCAGCUCACUCAUCGUCUCCUCCCUUUCAAUCGAGCCAAAAUCUACGCUUGAACAAUUGCUACCGCUGUGCGCGUCCUCAGCGUCGUUCGCUAUAUGGUUCAACGCCGCCCAACCUUUAGCCGAGGCGUUGCAUCAUCUGAGAAACACGAACACUGCGAUUAAUCUUUCCUUGGUCGAACCAUUCAUGCGAGCCCAGCAAGUACUGCCUGGGCGGACGCAUCCCGUGAUGACUACUGAUGCUGGCUCAGGCGGGUGGAUUUUGAGCGGCACCUACGUCGGUGUUGGCAAUUCAGUACACGAAAACUCCAAGCCAGAGGCAGAGAUGGCGGAGACAGCGAAGACGGCGGAGACGGCGACGCCAAAAGACGAAUCGAACAAAAAGGCAAAAUUGGAGGAUGAGUGA